UACUUUAGAAGAAAGUACUUAUAUUUUGAAAGAGGAAACCAAGGGACUAGUGGAUGAAACACCAUUUCAACCAGGAAAUAAAGACACUUUAAGUCUGAGGAAUGAAACUUGUCUGCAAGAACACAGUUCGUGUUUCACUUCAAAUGAGGGGCACAGUUUUAAAACGAGGACCCAGACUUUCUAUAAUAUCUGUCCAAUAGACAUAGCUGAUUUAGAACAUGAGUGGGGAUCACCUUUUGCCACACGGGAAGGGAUUGCAGUAGACUUAAAUCAUUCAUCAGCUGCAGAAAAGGGAAUGUGGAAUGUGGUGUGGUCUCCAACUAUGGAAGAUGGAAUUUCAACACUGCAGCCUGUGAAAACAACAGCUGCUUUGGAGUCACAGCAGCCUGAGAUUUCACUAGAAAAUGGAGUGCACCAACACGUGCCGAGCUCAUUGGAAAACAAGCCUAUACGAGAGGACCUUUUUAACCAGGAUGUGCAGACGAAUUUUGGGACCACACGUGUAACAGGUCCACAGGCCUUGACGAGUGCAGACGGUGAAAACCAGAGCCGUUACAGUCUGACCUUCUCUGAAAAGGCAAAGAACGAAAAAGACGCAUCUCCGAGUUUGACGGCUCCUUUGUCUGAUAAUGUGGAUCUCCAUGGCCCAGGGUGUAAUGGACCAGAUUGUGUGGUUAUUAAUGGGAAAGUCGGGAGUGCAGAAACCUGUUAUAGCCUUAAUACAGCGGAGAAACUUGGCGACUCUGGGCCCGACAUGUUGGGGACAUUUCUUCAUGAGUCUAUGGGAACGACUGAUGCACAAGUUAACGUGCCACAUGGCAGUCCCUCCAAGCUGAAAUGUACUACGUGUUUAUGUAGUUAUGACAUCAAAUCUUGGGCUUUAAGUUCACAAGAAACCACAGGCAUGUGCAAGUUCUGUGAUACAAGAGCAAAAGUAAGAGCUCUCUUAAAUAUGCACAAUAUCCAGUCAGUUCAGUCUGAAACUGGGGAUAAAAGACCUGGUCUUGAUUGGUCUGGGCAGGUGAAUAAUGAUACGGACACAUUGGCUGCAGACUGCUCCACAUAUCCAAAGGAGAUGGUAAAAGUGACUUGUGAAGAGCAGGCAUUAAAAAUACCUUUCAGUGCCACAACUUGUGCAUUAAGUGUUUUAACUCCGGGCCAGACAGAAGAAACAGAUGGCUUAAGUAACCAAGCCCACACAGGACAAGAGGCUUCGGAAUCUGAGGGGAGCAGGCUAAAAUAUGAUCUGUAUGAUAAUUCAGACAGUCUCGCUGAUGACGUGAAUCAACACCUGAUCUCUAAUACUCAGAAGGAUCUCUGUCACAAUGGUGAAAAUAAAGGAAAUAAAAAUGGGGCUUUACCAGCUGACUGCAAUAGUGAGAAUAGCUAUCAGGCAAGGACUGAAUUGGUCCUCCCUGAUAUUAGCAGCAGAAGAAUAAUGGAAAAAAGAUCUGAAUCUUACCCGUUAGCAACAUGGGAGCAUUUAGAUGAUAAAGGUAAAAUAUGCCUUAAACAGUCUGAAGCAUUUGACACAGACAGUGAUGUCAGCUCAGUUUCUAUAGCAGCAAGGUCAGAUGUGAGUAGGAGGGUAUUACAUUAUAGCAAGACUGGAUUAUGGGAUACAUGUUUGCUUCAUUUAAGUGGAGAUGAUUUAGACACAGCAUUUGACUCUGUACACGCAGCGAAGGAUACGCAAGAAUCUACUGAAUCUGUGAUGCAGCAGAGUGACUUGAUAAUGAAACAUGACACGGAAAUCUGCCAGGAGGACUCUGAAGCUGCUUUUAUAGCUCAUAAUGGAGGCAAUACGUUAAAUGACAACAGGGACUUGAAUAACAAAUGCCAUGCACUCUCUCCUGUGCCAAAAUGGCCUGCAGUGCUGGAAAACUGCAAGUGUGCAUCUCGGAAAAACAGCUGGCCAGAUCAUGGCUUCUGUGCUGUAGAUUCUGAUCAGUGUGAGCCUUCUGAUGGCAAAUUAUGCUCGUCUGCUGAAUGCAAACAAGGAGUCUGUGAAGUACGAGAUGCUGAGAGUGACAAGCAAGAGGCUGGAGUAGCAGAGGAUUUUAAAGAAAUACAGCUGCUUCAUUUGCCAGAGGACUGGUCAUCAACAGGCUUUAAAAUAAAAGACCAAGUGGGAAUUUGUAAUGAUACAGUUCAUGAAUUGCAUAAUUACCAGGGAACUGUCCUAGCUGAUCAACAGCUGGAACAACGGAGUGAAGCACAUGGGAGAGAUGAAACCGGACUCGUGAUGUCUGAUACGGAUAUGAGAGCUGUCACACAACAAUUUGCAAGUGAUGUUAUAAUAAGUAACGGUGGUAGGAAAACUUCGAAAUCUUAUGAUUCAAAGGACACGGUUAAUGAAAUCUGUAGCCAUAAUUUGGUGGCAAGUGCUGAAAAGGAGGUUAUCCAAAGUGCUUUAAAUGUGGAUCCCGAUCAGAUAGAUUUGUAUGCCUCCACACCUUCUUACGAAAUGCAUCCGUUUACUGAAAAGGACUCUCUUGAGAAUACAGAAACGGAAGAGCAUCAGGAUAGAAGUCACAUACCCAAAGGUGACGGAAACGAUGGCAUGCUAAAUGUGGUGUCAGACUUUUCAGAAAACAGUAAAGAAAAGCAAGAAAAGGGGGUUUCAAAGGAUUUUCUGCCAUGGCUGGAGGAUCUGUCGCAGCAUGAGGAGCUACAGCAUCGGUUUUCUGGAGAAGGAUCCCCAGAAUGUCCAGUGGAUACCAUAUGGAAUAUAAAUUACUCCGAUAUUGCUAUAGAGAGCAACCUGCUGCAGAUGGCCAAACCCCAGGCAUUUGUUGCACCACAAGAUUUACAGGCUGCUGUAGCUUUCAUGGCUGCUUAUCCUUAUAGUCUAAUGGUUUCUGACAGUUCAUGUUUGUGGGAUUGGCAGCACGACUGCAGUGAACUUGAAUCUGCUAAGGUCUCUGACCUUAACCCAAAUGCAAAAGUAUGGGCAAAUCACAUGUUUAAUUUGGAAGCCACCGGCUCGACCAAUAGGAGUGCUCACAAGUCCUGGAAAGACACCUCUGAGAUUUCCGAAGACCCUUGUCCCGAAGGCUAUGAAGCCAACAGUGACAAAAACAAGCAGUAUCAUCAGGAGCCCCUGUUACCUGAUCCAGAUGAGCUUCCUCCAACAGCGUUAACAGAACAAGCAGAUAUGAAUGCUGUGACGCUGGAGUGUCCGGACACUGUGUACGCAGAGUUUGAAUCUAUCCAUGAACCAAGUCGAACAGGUGGAAAUGAGCUGCUUCAGACAGACAGUCAAGAGGAUCUUCGCGAACAUCUGAAAAAGACUUUGGAGUUCUGCUUGUCUCGAGAAAACCUUGCUAGUGACAUGUACCUAAUCUCUCAAAUGGACAGUGACCAGUACGUGCCAAUAAUGACUGUAGCAAACCUCGACCAUGUCAAGAAACUCAGCACUGAUAUGGAUUUAAUUGUCGAUGUCUUGAGAUCCUUGCCUCUAGUUCAAGUGGAUGAAAAAGGUGAAAAGGUCAGACCAAACCAGAAUCGCUGCAUUGUUAUUCUUCGAGAAGUCCCCGAGUCCACUCCACUGGAGGAGGUGGAAUCUCUCUUUAAGGGUGAGAACUUGCCCAAAUUCAUCCAUUGCGAGUUUGCCUACAAUGACAACUGGUUCAUUACUUUUGAAUCUGAAGCUGAUGCACAACAGGCUUACAAGUAUCUUCGAGAAGAAGUAAAAACCUUUCAAGGAAAGCCCAUCAAGGCAAGGAUCAAAGCAAAGGCAAUCGCCAUCAACACUUUUUUGCCAAAGAAUGGCUACAGACCACUGGAUGUGAAUCUUUACGCUCAACAACGCUAUACAACUUCAUUUUACAUACCUCCAGUGUACAGCCCUCAGCAGCAGUUUCCACUGUACAGCCUGAUUACUCCACAGACAUGGUCAACAACGCACAGUUUCCUAGAUCCGGCAUUGGUUGCACCAUUUCCCAAUACUGGAUUUAUAAAUGGCUUUACAACAUCUCCUAAUUUCAAGCCGGCUACAUCUCCUUUGACUGUCAGGCAGUACUCUCCCAGGAACAGGAAUCAAAGUAAACCUCAUUUGCGACCUGCUAUACCUAAUGCAGACCGUGGAUCAGGGCUCCUGGACAGUCCCACUAUUUUUAACUUCCCCACUGAACGCCUUCUGAACGGUGUGCGCAGCCCUCAGACCCGGCCCCCUGGCCAGAACAGGACGCGGUUACAGACCAGUAUUGGCUACCCCAAGAGGGACAUUGGCACAGGGCGGGUAGAGCCCAUCAGUGCCGACUGCUCACCGAGCAUGGGCAGGGGAAGGAAAAAUGUAUAUGGAUAUAGGAAGAAAAGGGAGGACAAAUUUACGAGAGUUCCAACACAGUCUCCUCCACCUCAGAAGCCUCCCUCUCCGAGCUUUGAGCUGGGCCUUUCCAGUUUCCCUCCUCUGCCUGGUGCUGCAGGACACUUAAAAACCAAGGAUGUGUUUGGGAACAGACUGUCAAAUAUUGUGAUAGGAACUUCAAAAGACAAGAAUGUAAAUGUUGAUGCCACUACCAACACUAUCCCUUCAGGAAUCUCUAAAGAGCCAUCACUGCCUACAACUUCCCCACUGCCAGUGAGCUUUGAGGGCUCUCCUUCACCUCCCCAGUCUCCGGAUGAAGUUAAGGUGGAGGAAGAGAAGCAGAGCGAGGCACAAACACCCGUUGAACGACUAACUGCUACCUUCACCACCACUGCAAGUAAAUCAGUUCAAGUGAAUGGUGCAGCUACAGAGCUUCGAAAACCUAGUUAUGCAGAAAUUUGCCAGAGGACAGCAAAAGACGCUCCAACACUACAGCCUCCAAAAGAGCCGAAGCCAGCCGGUGCCACUGUUGUGAGCGAUGACAGCGCUGGCGAGAAAAUGGAGUCCAAAUCUCGAGAGACAUACUCUGUGAAGGCCAUUCCAGGAAGAUCCAGGGAAGUGAAAAGACAGCCCGGGCGGAGACCCUCACCACCGCCCCCCCUACAGGGACCUGGAAAACGCCCCAAUAAAGAUCUCAACACCCCCCCCAAAUCUCCCCAGUAAUCACUGCAGGGAUCCAAUCUUAAAAAGGGUCAGGGCUAUCCAAUGUUCAAAUCCCAGAGUCACCAGUCACAGCAUAGAGGAUGUAUUACUGGUUCAGGGCUUGCAGAAAAAGACACUUUUAGUAAUGUAGAGCACGUUUCUUUCAUGUUUUUUUUUUCUCUAUUUUAUUUAGUGUUGAGGGGAAAACAAUUUAUUAUCUGUUCCAAAAAGUACUGCAGCCAGCUUGCAGGAUUAAGGGCUCAGUCUGAGGAAUGACCAUUUUUAGUCAGUUUAUAGUGGAUGUCCAAAUAUGAAAUGAGGCAAAGAUGCUGGAUAAAAUCUUGACUGGAGGAGUGUUGAGUGUACACAACGUUUUCUGUUUGACAAUUUCAUUGUCUUAUGUGUAAUUUAUACGAGAGGCUCUUGGAGCAGGGUAAUUACAACUCUUAUCAUAUUCUUGGUUUUACAUUGUUUUCACAUGUAAGGUUGAGUAUUAGAGCUGUUUUGGCUGGCAUGAGCUACUAAAUAAACCCAUUUUGUUUUCUUAGUGCUUCUGCAACUCUUUAAAUAGUGCAGGAAUACUUUUCGCCAACAAGAAACACAAUUUUCAUUUUAACACCAGUAUAUUGAUAUAAUAUACUGUGUAAUGGUAAUGUGACUGGCAGAAAUGCUUCUUGUCCCUUAUGCCUCUAUGCAUGCAGGUUGUUUUGACAGCGCCUUACAUAGGUUUGGAUAUAACUUACACUAACUGUCUGGUUGGUCUGCAGGUAACUAGAUCUAACAUAUACAAAGCACACAAUGGCAGUGUAGCCUCUUGGGGAGGUUGUAUCUAGAGUCAGUAGAAACCUACAUAUAUCUUCACAAAAGAUACUUAUCACAUAGACUCAAGAUGUGCCCAUGGUUUCAGAUGAUAAGACUUUUUUGUUGUAAAAAGUCCAACAUUACAGCCACCUCUGAUCUGCAGGCACAUAUGACACAGGCAGCAAAAAGUUAUCUAUGAAGUUAAUGCUGUUUCUAUCAGACAUUGAUGGGGUAGGUGAACACAGUGUGUUUGAAAUAUUGACUGUCACAGAUAGGCCCUUAUGCGUAUUUAGUAACAGUGCAAAGGAUUAUACUUGGAGCAUAUUUUAUUGAUUUCAUAGUGUGAUAUUUAGGAAUAGGAGGCAUUUUUUCCCCUAAAAUUAACUGUCAUCUUUUUUUUUUUUGUCUGAUCAAAAACAGACUGGGUGUUUUCACAGCUGAUAAGGGAGCCUAAGCCUAAAACUUGAAGUCUCUGAAUUUGACAUUUGAUUUUUCAUUUAUAAAAAUUAUGCAGUUUGCUUUGGCUUUCAUUAAUCUACCCCUUUUCUGUAGUAGCUGUCAUUCUCAUUUUCCCCCCUACAUUUUUAUGUCAGAGUUAAUAAGUAUAUAGAGUAUUAGAGAUGGUAUGUUUCCACAAAUUGAUUUAAUAUAGAGAAAAUAUCCUGUUCUGCACUUUUAACAAAGGUUUCUCAUGUUCUUCAGAACAAGUUGAGGUGAACAGGUGUUACCAACUGGAUCUCUUUUUUUUUGUGGCUAUAAAAUGCAUAAAAAUAUAAUAAACCAAAGUAUGUUUUGUUGCAGUCUGAAAAGUAACAGUUCCUUUUAAUUCCUGUUCUGUACAAAGAUUUGAACUACUGUAAUGUGCUCAGAGUUAUGAACUCCUAGAGCACAGUAUUGUGCAUCAGUGAUAAUUGCUUUGAGUAUCUUGAAAUAGUCAAGCAGUUGUGGAUGCAUCAUUUUCCAGACUUCGUGGUAACCAGGUUGAAGUUAUGCUUCCAUAUUUGAAGUGUUUACUUACUUUUCAUUUAGAUCCAGGUGGGCCCCCAAAAAAGUUAAAACAAAAACGAGUUUUUUUUCCCACUAUAUCAAGAACCACCUGAAAGUUCAGGCACACAGAAGUGAAAAGUAGUUGGGUGUGUACUCUUGACUUGUUUCACACAUUCUGCUAACCUGCUCCAGCUGCUGUUUCUACAACAGCAAGUGUCAGGAGUAAGUUGGGGUAGGGAUGUGCCAUUUUUAAUUUCAGAAAGGGUCUUCCUACAUGACUAUAUUAACAUUGGAGUUUUGCUGUUUUAUACAUGACAUAUUUGAAACUCAGAUUAGAACAGCCUCAUUCCUACAUCCAUGGUAAAAAGUGAGCUCUCCACACCAGUGUGAUUGUGGAGUCUUUUUGGAGAAGAGUGGGUUAUCUUGCCCUUCUUGGUGGAGAUAGAGUAGUUGUUUUUGUUUGCAGUCCUUCACAAAUGCAUUGGGAGUCAACUCAUUUGGCCAGUACUUCAGGUCACUGCUGCGUAAAGAUUCUUCUUCCGUGUGCUUUUCGGUAGAUUUCUUCUGGCUCUUGUCAUGAAUGUAGUUUCGGCCAUUUUCCUCCGUACGUACUCUAAAUUGUGUGAUCAGAAAAAGAAAGCCUGCUCUGUGGACCUAGUGCAAAGUGCUCUUCUCCAGAUUCUUCCGCACUUUCAAACUUGGCUCCAUCGUUGACGUCUUCCUGCAACAACAUUGGAGCAUCCUGGAGUACAUGUCAGUGAAUGAGGAUUACAUUUGAAACUUGGAAAUGUUGCCCAGGAAAGCUUCCUGCUGUGACAGGGAUCUUUUGUUCCUCCUUUUACACGUAAAAUGAAAUUUAAUUUAAAAAAAUAAUUAAAAAAAACUCUGAAGGACUAGAAUGCACUAAGUUUGGCAGUCUUUAAGAUUUCAGAGUGAUUUUGAUUUUAUGUUGCAAAAUGACUUUUUUUUUUCUCAGCGGAGUUAGUCUCAUUAGUUUAUUCCAUAAAAAAGGUAUUAUUUAAACAGCUAUGUUUGUUUUUCUUUUUAAAGGAAAAAAAAAUGAAUAUAUAAAUUUCCAUCCAGUGUUUGAAAACUUGAAUUUUAUUUAAACUUGAAAAUGACUUUGCCUUAACUUUUAUAUACAACAGCUUGGAGUUUAUUGCUUCUGAGCCCCUCCCCUAAAUGGUUAUCAGGAGUGACACAGGGGAUUGCUCUGUUCAGCCUGGUGUCACUAGUCUUACUUGGUUUAAAAAUAAAAGUACAAUACUAGCAGCAAAUGAUUUUUGUAUUAUAUGAAAGAUCUUAUUUUUUGUUCUCAGUUUCUUUUUUGUUGAAGAAAUCCUGUAAAUGCAAAUAGUCGAUACUGUAUUAAAUAAGUACACUUGGAAGCGUGUGCUUUGCUUGUACAGUUGUAAAUAAUCAGAAAAUAUAAGAGGUACCUUAAAAUGAUACAAUUUUGAUCUUGUUGAAUAUUAAUGUUGCUGUUAAGCUGGAUGUAGAUUUAAACUAAAUGUUGUGGUUUGAUUUUUCUUUAUUUUUCUUUUUCCUCUGGUGUGCUGAAUUGAGUCCACCUUCUCACUGCAAUGUGAGGAGAAGAACGUUUGAUUGUAAAUGUCGUUGUCUCAUUCCAUUUCCUUAUUCUCAGUAUGCAAGACCUGGAUUAUUGUAAUUGUUGUGUCAGAAUAAUAUGAUAACCCCUUUCAAGGUGCAAAAAGUUAGAUGUCAGCAGAAGAGCUUGUCACAAAGAUGUUCACAUCCUCUUGAAAUUCCUGUGAGCCAAUCUGAAAAUGAGUUUAAAAUCACUACGGCAAGGUACUGUGCUAAACUGACUCAUAAAUUACAUCCAACCUAGUGGAUUAUGAAAACACAGUGCUUUAUGUACAAGAGUCAAAUUUUAACGUACAACCCAAACCAUUCCCAAUUUUCAGUCUUAACAGCAUUUGUGAAUCAAAAUGCUUAAAAAUGUAGAGGAAAAAAAUACACAUCACUCAAGCCGUUUCCUUGUCAGAAAUAAACUCUAAUGCACUUCAACUCCCCCCUCCCCCCCCCCUAAAAAAUUUCAAAUGAUACUUCCAGUCACAUCUACACUAACCAGCAUUUUUGUAUACAUCUACAAUUGUGGACACCAAGUUACCUUAUUUCCAGAAGAAAGGGGUUGUCUAUCGCAUAAAAAAUAUGCAUACUGUGCAUUGUCUUGUAUUGUUUUAAUUACAUGUGCGGACUGCAGAGUCAUUGUGGCAAAACUGAACUGUGCCAUUAAAUAUAUAUAUAUUUUUAAUAUCUCCUAUCCUUACCCACUCAGUGUGGGGAAAAGAGUGUGGCAGUUUGACUAGUACAAGAUGUACAUUAGGCAUUACAAUUUUUACAUUUCUUGAACUGCUGAGAAGACUAGCAAACCCACAGCUGCAAUGAGGAGCACGUGUGACCUCAGUACCACUGACACCUGACAUGCAAGAGAUCAUUAUUAUAGACAACUGGCACAUUUUGGUUGGUCUCCCUGAUCUACUGCCAUACUCUGUGCCCAUGUAUGACAAUGCCAGUUGUGUUCAAGAUGUAGCAGUGCUUAUGAUGUUGUCACAUUACGUUUUGAGGUUUUAAUUAAGCUUGGCUCCUGGAUUGUGUCAAGUGCGUGUGUGUCUCCUGCGUUUUGGCUUUCUGUUUGCAAAGGGAAUAUCAGUAUGCAAAAAAAAACAUAUUUGCAACCAAAUGUCACAAUUCUGUGGAUAAAAUAUAUACUGUGAUGAGAUAUUUGGCUGAAAAAGCAAUGUGGCGGGGUAAGUGUGGAGGUCAAAAGAACACAAUGCAUUUGGGCUUAGCAGUGCAAAUGUUCUUCUCUUCCCUGGCCCACAGAGUAAAGAUAGUCUCGAAUGUGAAAGAAUAGUGUUUGCUAGCAUUAUAUGUAUUAUUGCGUGCGCUACAGUUCUGUUCUCCGUUUGGACUAUUACUCUUGUGUUACCUAUAUCUUCAUAUCAAGUGCAGACCUAAAAAUCCCACCUUUCUUUGCUUUUUCAACUUCUCAUCAUGUGUCAUCAGGUAAACACCACAAUGUAUAUUGUGCAGGUUGCAGCUCAUUGUGAAUUGACCAUGUUUGUGAGUGAUGCAGUGUAAAAUGCACCAGCUGACUGUAAUGACGCAUACCAUUCCCUCUGUAUCAACUCGCUGUGAUUACUUUUCUUUUGAUAUCAUAGCACAUUACACUAACAGCAGUGGACAAUCGACAAUUCGUUUAAAAAAAAAAAGAAGAAGCUAACAGCAGUAGCAGUUGUUAAUGGAGGUUUCUUUAUGAGGGCUUUUUGUUUUUGUCUUACUUAUUCUUCCAUAAGACUGGAAUCAAGCAUACAUGUAAACUAUGGGUAAUUUAAGUUUCUCUUUUGUGUCAUGAUGUAAACUGUCUAAUUUGAAAAAAAAAAUGUAGCUUACUGAAAGAAAUAAAGAUUUAGGCAUUGUUAAAGAAA